AGUGGUAGCGAACGCAACGAGGGCGUGCUCGUUGGUUAUUCCGUCUGCUAGACAUUUAAUCAGUUCUUUAACCAUUAAUAAGGAGCAAAUUGAUUAGUGAUUGCAAAUCUAGUUCACCGUCUUUUGGGUUAUCAUUUCCUGGCUAAAAGAGAUGUUUUCUCAGCCGAGUAAAGUACACACUGAGAGCUGGUAGAUUUAAAUGUACAGUACGUUAAUCAAGUGAAUAACGUGUAGUAACUGUAGAAAGGCCCUGUAGCAGUGGAGAUCGAGUGCAUACUAUAUAUUAAUACUGAGGUAAAUAGUUGAUCUGAGGAACAGUUUUAUUUUAUUUAUGCAGUAGGAUACUUGCACACAACCGUUCGAUAAGCCGCUAUCCGCUGCGCAUGCGAGUCACAAACUCACACAGGCAGAGAAGUUGUAUCCUGCACGGCUCCCGAGUGUGUGCGCUGGAGGGAAACUUAUUCUGCGUGACUAGCGAGCGUCGUUUCAUUACCGCCCAGACUGCAGACAGAAGUAAAAGGUUAUCUCCAAACCAGUGCCACUGACCGACGGGCGACCGAGGGUUAUAAAACAAGCCCAACAGCUCUCCGGCCAACAAUUUGAGAGCUAACGAGAAUAACGUCAACCUGAAAUGGCGACGGCAAUAUACUUGGAACAUUACCUUGAUAGUAUUGAAAACCUACCAUGUGAGCUACAGAGAAACUUUACUUUGAUGCGGGACCUGGACAGUAAGACUGAAGAAAAGAAAGGAGAGAUUGACAAACUGGCUGAAGAGUACAUUGCUAAGGUGAAGAACUUGGCCUCGGAACAGCGAGUGGAACACCUGCAGAAGAUCCAACAUGCCUACAGCAAGUGCAAAGAGUUCAGCGACGAUAAAGUCCAGCUUGCAAUGCAGACAUACGAAAUGGUGGACAAACACAUCCGCAGACUGGAUGCAGAUCUGGCACGGUUUGAGAAUGAGCUGAAGGAGAAACUGGAAGUGAGCGGCUACGAAAGUACAGACGGAAGAGGACCGAAAAAGGGGGAAUCCCGGGGGCUGAGAGAGAAGCGUGUAUCCAGAGGAAGAGCAAGGAAAUGUUCUGAUGAAGAUUCCCCCAAAAAGAAAAAGAUAAAAAACAGCCCAGACCUGAGUGAUGCUCUCCUGCCUAUGCAACCAUCAGACGUUUUGGACAUGCCAGUCGAUCCCAAUGAGCCUACCUACUGCCUAUGCCAUCAGGUGUCCUAUGGAGAGAUGAUUGGAUGUGAUAACCCAGAUUGUCCGAUCGAGUGGUUUCACUUUGCUUGUGUUGAUCUCGCCUCAAAACCCAAAGGAAAAUGGUUUUGUCCGAGGUGCACCCAAGACAAGAAGAAGAAAUGAGAUUUCUUACUUUUAAGAAAUGCUUAACUAAUAAUGUAUGUAUUUUUGGUGU